AUGGAGCUCAAAGAUGAAGUUGAGUUCUGCUUUCCACAGCUCCUCAACAUUUCCUGCAGGAAGCCAAGACUUCACUGGACCAAAGCUUUCUUUCUCAACACCGUUCUCUCCAUCAUUUCUAUUAUCACUGUAGUUCUGAACCUGCUUGUCAUCAUUGCAGUCUCCCACUUUAGGCAGCUGCACUCUCCCACUAACAUCAUCCUCCUCUCUCUGGCUGUCUCAGAUUUUCUCGUGGGGCUUCUGUUGUUGCCGUUAGAAAUUUACAGAAACACAUCUUGCUGGUUUCUUGGGGAAAUCAUGUGUGCUGUUUAUUAUUAUCUUGCCUGUUAUAUUCCAUAUACUUCAAUUGGUAACAUUAUUUUAAUAUCAGUUGAUCGUUAUGUGGCCAUUUGUCAACCUCUGCAUUAUCCCACCAGAAUCACUACAGUGAGGGUCAAAACGUGUGUUUGUCUGUGUUGGCUCUGCUAUGGAAUGGAUAUUUUAUCUGUAUAUUUACUUAUUGUUCUUUUUUAUUUCAAUUCCUGUCUAAACCCAGUUAUCUACACUUUAUUUUACUCCUGGUUUAGAAAAGCUGUUAAAAUCAUCAUUACUCUGCAGAUACUGAAGCCUGACUCCCGCCAAGUGAAGAAACCCCAGCACGAAGCAGACUGGAUGAGUAGGAAGAGACAAGCGGACGAGCCGGAGGAACACUUGGACCAGGCGAAGAGACACAGAGCCCAGACACUGAUGGUGGUCAGCAGGGCACUCUGA